AAUCCAAUUGGCAAUUGUUGAUUGGAAAACUAGAUGAAGUGCAGACAAGGAACUGAACUGAAGUUAAGUUUUCUCCAUUAAAUUAAAAUAUCCCCCACAAUUGAACGACUCCCCGACCACCGGAAUCAACCGCCGCAAAAUCUCUGCCCAAAGCAGAGUAGCGCCAAGGACGCAAGCGCACAGUCAUCGGCCAUAUCUCCGAUCUAUCAAACGCCAAGGGUGUUCCAACAGAAAUACUCACACGACUUCACAAUCGAUACUUCUGGCUCUUAUCUGACACGCCUUCAUUUCUUUGCUUUCUCUUCCCCAGUAAUUUCCCAUUGCUCGCUCAAUGUUUCGGUUCCUGGGUUCAGGGGAGUACUCGGAAAAAAUGCACAGCACGAGUGAUCUUUCAUACCAUCAAAUCUGCUAACACCAAGGCAAUCCAUCACAUCAAGGCUAACUAAGGCAGUUGAAGCUUCCGCCAUUCAGGCCUCGGCUUCCACCCAAUUGCAGGGCUCUUGAAUUUGCAUAAUUUCUUGAUUCAAAUGUGAUGCCACUUGUGCAUGUGAGAAGCUUAAGCAAUUGAAAGGUUAUAAGAUGGAAAGUCCCCGCUCUGUCAAUAGUCCUAGAAGAAUUCUGAGUCUGUCAAAACAGCGUGUAUCCUUUCAAGAUUCAGAUGACAAAACUGGGUUUGGGUUGUCUGGCGAGCAUGGACCAAAGCCUUCAGAAGUUUAUGGUUUUGUGGGAUCCAUAACAGUUGUUGUUGCUUCAGUUAUCUUCUUGAUAUGGGCGUAUGUUCCUGAGCAUUGGCUACAUUCUAUUGGGAUCACAUACUAUCCUAGCAGAUAUUGGGCUCUGGCUGUGCCAACGUAUGUUAUGGUGACCAUUGUCUUAGGACUGGGAUUCUACAUUGGCCUCAACUUCAUGUCAACACCUUCCCCUGCAUCUUUGAACACAAUCUAUGAGAUCCCUCUUGUAUUAAUUGCUCUGGAGAGGGAGACGACAAGCCCAUUGAGCCCAUUUCAGAUAUUGAUAUCUGCAGAAUCAACGAUAUCAUGUUCAGAGAUACAACCUCGUAAUCCUUGGGGCAUACUUGUCUUUGACGCUAUGGUGGAUUUUACCUCAAGCCAGGGGUGCCGCUGAUUUGGCUUGUUGCAUCUGAUGGUUUCAGUGGUUAGACAUGAAGAUUAAGCUUCUCCAUCUUUAGGACAGAUUGGUUUUGAACCUGCUAUUAGAAUCUUUCUAUUGCUCGAAUCUUGUAAUUUCUGUUACAAGCUAGUCUUGAGCAUUGAGAAUAACCAUUCCGUAUUCAUACCCAAGGAUUGCAGGUGUCUGGGCUCCUAGGAAGUCAUAAGAACCGAGGGAUUGUUUUGAUUAACACAUGUAAAAGUGACUUAUUUCAAUUGACUUUUACAAAUUGAAGUUGAGCGAAAAAUCAAUAAGUGUAAUGUAAUGUAUAAAAAUCAGUUUCAGAUGGCUUAAAUAAUUCCUAUGUAUUUGGAUGUUCAUCUCACUACACAACUAAUUGGAAAAUUAUUUAUUACUUACGUGAUUA